AGCAAGUGUUAUUUUGUCUGGCGAUUUGUACAUAGGAGUAUAAUGUAGACACUACUCUUCCUCAGCAUAAAAAUAUUCAUGGUUGGUUCGUCCGUUGUCGUGGUUGGGAGCUUAGUUUAAAUAACUCCAAGUCAGACACUACCCGGCACAACAAAUCAUGGAUGAUUUAGACGGAAUAUCUGUUGAGCAACUAAGGAGCCUUGCACGAAACAAUCGUUCCAACCGUGAUCUUGUCCGCAAAGUUGUUUAUCACUCGAAUCUUGUACCAGUGCCAACUACCGUUCCUGGAGAAGGGGACCAACAAGAAGAACAAGUGGACGAUGGAAUUGACCAUGAGGAUGACGAGAUCAAUGUGGAAGACCUUAUGGAUCCGAAAGAUCGUAUUUUGGUUGAUCGGCAUGACCGAAUCAUUAUUACACCACACGGAACUGAUUUUCAACCACAAAAAGCAACUUCAGCCGCCAUUAGUUUCAUACUUCAAGGAAACUACCAGGAACCAUGGCUCACGUGGGGAGAGAUUAAGAAGGCUAAAAUUGGUCAAGAGCAAGUGUGGGACAGAUUUUGGAAGGCUUUCAAAAUGAAAUGCACUUGGUUUAGGGAUAUUAAUGAGAAGACGAUGAUUACUAUUUUCGAUCACAAGUGCUCAAAGCGCUUGUCCACCUUGCUUGGAGAUGCACGAACAUUGUUUUAUGAGAACAAGGAGCCUCCAGCUUGGAUUGGCCCGGGGGAUGUAUGGACAGAGUUGAAACGUAGAUGGAGUACUCCAGCUUACAUGGCGAAGUGCAACAGAAACAAACAAAACAGAGUUGGGUCUAAUUUGAGUGUACACACUGGUGGUUCUACAUCUGCUUCUACCUUGCGCAUAAGGUUCACUCGGCAAUUUGGUCGUCCACCGACUUUAUGCCAAAUGAAUGUAAUGCUGCAUAUGAAACCAGAUGGUACUUGGGAUACUGUAAAGGCUCAAAGGGCAAAUGAUAUGAUUAAGGUAUACAUCGAGGAACUCAAAGCUACCGAGGCUGCCCUUCCACUUGCUUUGCGGAAAACUGAUGUAGAGCUACAGAAUAUGAUAUUGGACAAAUUUGUGGAGUUUUCCGGGGGAAAGUAUAAAGGUCGUAUCGUUGGUCAGGGUAGUACGUCUUCGCUCGUUCAGAGGACGACAAGAGGAUAUAUGAUGGAUAAUAUGAGCGACUCUUAUGACAGUACUGCCACCAUGCCUACCGGUCGAUCUCAACGUGUGGAAAGUAUUGAGGAAUUGGAACAACGAUUAAGAGCUGAACAACAACAGUCAAUUGCUUCUAUGAGAGAAGAGAUGAUGACACAGCUCAGGGCAGAACUCUCUAGCGGGAUACCAGGACAAUCAAACCAGCAACAGUUUCAGCAGCAACCAUUUCAGCAGCAACCAUUUCAGCAGCAGCAAUUUCAGCAGCAACCAUUUCAGCAGCAGCAAUUUCAGCAACAACUUCAGCAGCAGCAGCGUCCUAAUCAAUCACAACGUCAGCAAAAUUCCAACAAUUUCAAUUAUAUGACAGGUGUGAACUAUGCAGUUCAACAGAUUCAGAACGUUGGAAGGAACUCACAGUCGUCCUACCAAUCGGGAAGUCUUCAUGAGGACCCGGCAGAAGAGGAGGGGUAUCGACCCGGUGAAGUUGAUUUGAACGUAUCCUCUGACCCGGAUGAGAAUUUCUUUACAGGUCUCCAAAAUAACCCUUUAUUGCAAGGGAUGCUUGGGCAGCAGGGGCAGGCAAUGCUUGGAGACUUGGAAAUUCCCGGUUUCACAGUUCAUGAUUCCACUUCUAUGAAUCAAGGUGGCAUAAUAAGUCCACUUGUCCAUAGUGGUGGAAAUAGUCAAGGCAGAGGGGUAGGUUCUUCAUCUGAAAUGUCUAUGGGCGGCGGUAGGGCAAGCGCCGGAAUGCCAAGUGUGGGAAGGACAAGCGCCGGAAGGGCAAUCGUGGGAAGAGGAAGCGGUGGAAGAACAAGUGCCGGAAGAAGAGGAAGGGGAAACAGUCAAAAUGCAUAACCUCCAUUUGUGUCCAUUUGUGUUGUCGUAUUAAUCAUUUUAGUAGUUUUAUUUGUGGAAGUAAUUUAAGACAAUAUUAUCGUAUUUGGUUUGUAACCUAUGACAUUUAUUGGGUAUUUUGUUUGUGUUGUAUGACAAUUAUCGUAUUUCGUCGUUUAUUAUCGAAUUUUUAAUUUAUGUU